AGUCACACACUCAAAUCAUGCGCCCAUGCCGUAGGUAUUCCACUAUUUCUAUCCUUUCCACAACUGUGGUGACAAUUGACUUUUUGUCAGGACAAAAAAACAACGGCCCAUUAAUUAAUAAGUCAUCAUGCGAGGUCACUUGUUCUUGUUAAUUCUUUUGGCCACCGUGACCUUUGUCAUCGGCCAUAAGGAAGGUGUCUGCCCGAAAGACAUCCAAUUCUACGGGCAGGAUGGGUCCUCGACAAAUAUUACUCUAAGCAAAAAAUGUUCCAGAGUCAAUGUCUACCUCGCCGCCCCCGACUAUUUGUGGUACAGCCUUAAAAUCGUCCUCAAAUCAUUUUCGUGUCCCAAAAACGACAUUACCUCCGAAAUUAGGCUGUCGACCCAUAGCGGUCAGUGGACCUGCAACUCUACAAUCAAUUCUACAGCAAAAGUGAUGGAGUCGACGAUUAUAUCCACUCACAACUGGCGAGAGGAAGUGACAGCAGAGUUAUCAGUGGUCGUAUACCGCGACAAUUCUGUUUUCAUGCAUAUCUUGUUACGGAGUCUGGUCGCCAUUACGUUUGUCAUGAUCCCAGGCGCCAUUUUGUUCAUGUUCUUCCGCCGGAGAAAGGCAUUCUUGAAGAGGCGGAGGGCGCUGGAGGAAGAGGAGAGAAGGAACAGGAGGAGAUAUUCGAUCACAGUGAUAAGCAGCGAUUUGCGACACGACAUUCCUCCGACGUAUGAGGACGUCUACGAGAUUAAAGAAGCACCCCCGUCUUUCUGCGAAGCCGUGGCGGUAUCACCAGCGAUAAAAAUAGUGGCGAACGAAUCACCGGAGAUGACAAAGGAUAAUAAUCAUACAAAUAGCUUUGUAUGAUUUUAUUCCCAAUUUCAUCGUUUUUUGUCAUACUUUUGUUUUAUUUUUGCCAUUGUGAUAUUAUACAUAGAUGAGAAAAUAAAAUUCGUAUUUAAAAUCUCAAA